AGUGUCCAGCGAAGCAUUGUGGGAAAGAAAGUGGAGCUGACACGGCCGCUGAUGGCAGACUGCUCAAUUUAGCAGAUAUCUUCGACUAGUAAACAGCCGUAAGAAGCAGAAAUUUACGGUAACGAUGCGACUCCUCGAAGCUAAUGUCAGCUGGCUGUGAGGAGGUCGGACGUAUGCCGGUGUCAUCGCUGCUCACCUGCGCACGGGCGCUCGAAGCACAGAAGUGGGAUCCCGUAUCAAUGGACCGCAGCGUUUUUAUUUCCUUUUCCGAGGGAGGCGAAUAAAGUAGUGACGGAUUAUAUCCCCCCACGGUGGAUGGGUGGUGGGGGGGCGACCGCGCUCCCACAUUCCUUUCAACGUUUAAAGUAUUUCUGAGGUUUUCUAUCGAAAGGCGCCGUCAAAGAUGUCGACCAGCAGUCCCGAGGCGGUGAAGAAAUUACUAGAGAACAUGCAGACGGAUCUGCGGUCUCUCUCCAUGGAGUGCAAGAAGAAAUUCCCCCCUGUCAAAGAGGCUGCAGAGUCUGGUAUAGUGAAGAUUAAGACGAUAGCAGCCAGGAACACAGACAUAUUAGCAGCCCUAAAGGAGAACAGCUCAGAGGUUGUGCAGCCUUUCCUGAUGGGCUGUGGCACCAAAGAGCCAAAGAUCACACAGCUGUGUUUGGCUGCCAUCCAGAGACUCAUGUCCCAUGAGGUCGUAUCUGAGGCCGCAGCAGGGAACAUCAUCAACAUGUUGUGGCAGCUGAUGGAAAAUGGUUUGGAAGAGCUGAAACUUUUACAGACAGUCCUCGUCCUGUUGACCACCAACACAGUUGUACAUGAUGAAGUGCUAUCCAAGGCUAUUGUGCUGUGUUUUCGUCUGCACUUCACCAAGGACAACAUCACCAACAACACAGCAGCUGCCACCGUUAGACAAGUUGUCACCGUGGUGUUUGAGAGGAUGGUGGCCGAGGACGAGCGCUUUAAAGGCAUUGUGGAGCAGCCCCCUCCUGUCCAGGGAAACACCAACCGCCGGUCUGUUAGCACUUUGAGACCCAGUGCAAAGGAUGCAUACAUGCUGUUUCAAGACUUGUGCCAGCUGGUGAAUGCUGACGCCCCCUACUGGCUGGUGGGGAUGACAGAGAUGACACGGACGUUUGGCCUUGAGCUGCUGGAGUCUGUUCUUAAUGAUUUCCCCGGUGUAUUCCUGCAGCAUCAGGAGUUCAGUUUCCUGCUAAAAGAAAGAGUUUGUCCCCUCGUCAUCAAGCUCUUCUCCCCUAACAUCAAGUUCCGGCAGGGCAGCAGCAGCGCUGCUUCACCAGCUCCUGUUGAGAAACCUUACUUCCCCAUCUGCAUGAGGUUGCUGCGUGUGGUCUCCGUCCUCAUCAAGCACUUCUACAGCUUACUGGUGACUGAGUGUGAGAUCUUCUUGUCUCUGUUGGUGAAAUUUCUGGAUGGGGAGAAGCCUCAGUGGCUCAGAGCAGUGGCUGUGGAAUCAGUCCACAGACUGUGUGUGCAGCCUCAUUUGUUACGUUCGUUCUGCCAGUCUUAUGACAUGAAGCAGCACUCCACUAAAGUGUUCAGAGACAUUGUCAAUGCCCUGGGAUCCUUCAUCCAGUCCCUCUUCAUCGUUCCCAAUGCGGGAAACGUGGCUGCUGUCGGCGCGCCAGCUGGUGGGUCAGGUUCAGGUGCUCAAGGCACAACACAAGGCGGUCCAGGCACAGGAGGGAUCAGCGGCACCCUGACUACCCAGGCUGCAUUUGAAUACCGUGGUACCUGGAUCCCCCUUAUGACUGUUAGUGUCCAGGGAAGCGCCAAGGCCACCUACUUAGAGAUGCUGGACAAGGUUGAGCCCCCAUCCAUCCCAGAGGGCUACGCCAUGUCAGUGGCCUUCAGUGCUCUGCUCGACCUGGUGAGGGGCAUCACCACCAUGAUUGAAAGAGAACUGGGCGCGGAAGAGGAGGCAGCUGCUGAAUUUAGAGAAGCUCACCCUGAUCAGGAGUGGAAGCCGCAACCUGGGGCUCACCUGGUGUGGGAGGAGAUGGUCAACGCCUGCUGGUGCGGUCUCCUGGCUGCACUGUCUCUGCUGCUGGAUGCCAGCACUGAUGAGACAGCGACUGAGAACAUCUUGAAAGCAGAGCUGACCAUGGCCUCGCUAUGUGGCCGUCUUGGCCUGGUGACACCUCGUGAUGCCUUUAUAACAGCCAUCUGCAAGGCCUCUCUGCCCCCACACUACGCCCUAACUGUCCUCAGCAGCAACGCUGCCACCCUCUCCAGCAAAGCUUAUUCAAUCCAGGGCCAGAAUGUGCAGAUUAUCAGCCCCUCCAGUGAAUCUCAUCAGCAGGUGGUGGCUGUGGGGCAGCCACUAACUGCCCAGCCCCAGGGCACUGUUGUGCUGACUGCCAAAAACAUCCAGUGUAUGCGAACCCUGCUCAACUUGGCUCACUGCCACGGAGCCGUGCUGGGCACCUCCUGGCAGCUGGUACUGGCUACCCUCCAGCACUUAGUAUGGAUCCUCGGGCUUAAGCCAGGCGUGGGUGGUGCCUUGAAGCCUGGUCGAGCAGUGGAGGGCCCCAGUACGGUGCUGACCACAGCAGUGAUGACAGACCUGCCUGUUAUCUCCAACAUCCUGUCCAGACUGUUCGAGAGCUCUCAGUACCUGGAUGAUGUGUCCCUGCAUCACCUGAUCAAUGCUCUCUGUUCCCUCUCCCUGGAAGCGAUGGAAAUGGCUUAUGGAAACAGCAAGGAGCCGUCUCUGUUUGCAGUCGCCAAGCUGCUUGAAACUGGUUUGGUCAACAUGGAUCGCAUAGAGAUCCUGUGGAGACCACUGACAGGCCACUUAUUGGAGGUCUGCCAGCAUCCAAACUCCAGAAUGAGAGAAUGGGGAGCCGAGGCACUGACAGCACUUAUCAAAGCUGGGCUUGCCUACAAACACGAUCCUCCACUGGCCCAAAAUCAGCGGCUGCAGCUUCUAUUGCUGAACCCCCUGAAGGAGUUGUCCAACGUGCUGCACGCAGACAUCCGGCAGAAACAGCUCGAGUGUGUCCUGCAGAUCCUGCAGAGUCAGGGCGACAGCCUGGGGCCUGGUUGGCCCCUCGUAUUGGGUGUUAUAGGAGCCAUUCGCAAUGAUCAAGGUGAGUCAUUGAUCCGAACCGCCUUCCAGUGCCUGCAGUUGGUGGUGACAGACUUCCUUCCCACCAUGCCUUGCACGUGCCUCCAGAUUGUAGUGGAUGUAGCUGGCAGCUUUGGCCUUCAGAACCAGGAGCUCAACAUCAGCCUCACGUCCAUCGGCUUACUGUGGAACAUUUCAGACUACUUCUUCCAAAGGGGAGAAGCCAUCACACAGGAGCUAGAGAGGGAGGAGGAAGCGCUGCAGAAACAGGCCCAGGAGAAAGGAGAGACCCUCAACAGGCCGUUCCACCCCGCCCCUCCCUUUGACUGCCUGUGGCUGUGUCUGUAUGCCAAGCUUGGGGAGCUGUGCGUUGACCCGCGGCCUGCUGUGCGUAAGAGCGCCGGCCAGACGUUGUUCUCCACUAUUGCUGCCCACGGAACCCUGCUCCAGCAGCCAACGUGGCACAUUGUGGUGUGGAAGGUCCUGUUCCAGCUGCUCGACUGUGUAAGAACGUCCUCCACCACAGCAGACAAGGAGAAGAUCGAGUCAGGCGGUGGGAACAUCCUUAUCCAUCACUCGCGCGACACAGCCGAGAAACAGUGGGCGGAGACGUGGGUGCUGACGCUAGCGGGCGUGGCGCGCAUUUUCAACACAAGGCGGUAUCUCCUUCAGCAGCUAGGUGAUUUUUUUGAGGCCUGGGAGGUGCUGUUGAACCAUAUUCAGUCAGCUGCCCUCAGCAAAAACAAUGAGGUCUCCCUGGCUGCCCUGAAGAGCUUUCAGGAAAUCCUUCAGAUCGUUACACCUGUUAAAGACUCGGACAAAGCGGGCGACGCACUUGCUGCAAUGGGCGUCCCUCCAGUGCUCAUUGACCCGCUGUCAGCAUCCGGUCCUGGCAGACCCCUGGUGCGUUCAGAUUCACUACUGGAACGGUUGACACGGUACAACGGAGCUGAGCUGCAGGCGCCCCCGCCAGGGGAGGAGUCGGCCUUGGAGGACUCGGCACUGUGGUGGUCUGCAUGGAACACGUGGUAUCGAAUGGGAACGGACAGCACGAGACCACCUACUGGCCCAACAGAGAAGCUCUCUUUUAUCCCCAGCCAGCCCUUCCUCACAGCAUUAAUCCAGAUUUUUCCAGCACUCUACCAGCACAUCAAAGCCAACUUCAGUAUGGAGGAUCUAAAAAAGCUAGGGGUCAUCCUUCAUGGGGCUGUUUCCGUGCCUAUCAGCAGCGAUGCCUCACCCUUCAUCCUCCCCUCAUACACUGAGGCAGUGCUCACCAACCUGCAGGAAGCCGUGCUCACCGCUCUGGAUGUUUUGCAGAAGGCCAUCUGUGUGGGCACGGAGAACCUGCAGGUCAUGUACCCGGCCAUCUUCGAACAGCUGCUCCUUUUUGUGGAGUUCUCCUGCAAGCCGCCUCAGUACGGCAGGAUGGAAACCAAACACGUGGCCAAUGCCAAAUACAACCAGAUCCAGCUGUUUGCGCCGGCAGAAUGGGUUGCCUUAAACUAUGUGCCCUUUGCUGAGCGCUCCUUGGAGGUGGUGGUGGACCUGUACCAUAAAACAGCCUGCCACAAAGCUGUCAUCAAUGAAAAAGUUCUGCAGAAUAUCAUUAAGACUUUAAGAAUGCCCUUGAGUCUGAAGUACGCCUGUCCGUCAGAGAGCACCUGGAAGCUCGCUGUGUCGUCUCUGCUCAAGGUGCUGUCCAUUGGACUACCGGUGGCACGGCAGCAUGCCUCAUCUGGGAAGUUUGACACUAUGUGGCCAGAGUUGGCCAAUGCCUUUGAAGACUUUCUUUUCACCAAAAGUACUCCUCCAGAUAACCUGUCUAUCCAGGAAUUUCAGAAGAAUGAAGCCAUCGAUGUAGAGGUGGUCCAGCUGAUCAGCACAGAAAUCUUACCAUUUGCCAAUUUCAUCCCCAAAGACUUUGUUGGCCAGAUUAUGGCCAUGCUGAAUAAAGGAUCCAUUCACUCACAGUCUCCCUCAUUCACAGAGGCAGAGAUAGAUGUGCGGAUGAGAGAGGAGUUUUCCAAAGUGUGUUUUGAGACACUGCUGCAGUUUUCCUUCAGCAACAAGGUUUCCACCCCGCAGGAGGGUUACAUCUCUCGUAUGGCGCUCUCCGUGCUCCUCAAGAGGUCCCAGGAUGUUCUCCGACGAUACGUAGAGGACGAGAGGUUGAGUGGACGCUGCCCAUUACCAAGGCAACAAGUGACAGAGAUUAUCUUUGUCUUGAAAGCUAUCAGCACUUUGAUGGACUCCCUGAAAAAAACACAGCCAGAGAAUGUGGAUGGCAACACGUGGGCUCAGGUGAUCGCCCUGUACCCCACACUGGUCGAGUGCAUUACGUGCUCAUCGUCUGAGGUGAGCUCAGCCCUGAAGGAGGCCCUGGGGCCCUUUAAAGACUUUAUGCAGCCACCCGUCUCCAAAGUCCAGAACGGAGAGUCCUGACCAGGCUCGCUCGCAACCCGGCAUUUUUUUGUUUAGUUUUUUUGGUCUUCUUUCUAAGUGAAGAAAUCCCGAAGGUGUCUUCUCGACUUGACUCAUGCACUUCACAAGUGCACGGAUGUGAACUCUACGGUGACAUGAAGCAACCCACGGUGAAUAGCGAUAUCGAGGCUGCCUCAGACUACACCAUUGACCCCAACCUUCAUGCACAUUUUCAUAUGCUUUUCAUGUGAGCUGAUAAUGGGCCAGCCCCCCCCCCCCCCCCCCCCCCGCUUUCACACUCAUAUAGACUGGCUGCACUUGCCUGUUAACUACAGAGAAUUAAAAAAACAAAAAAACAACGGCAGUGUUGCCUCUGGGUUUAGUUUUUGUUCUCCUGAAGAGACUGCAUCAGUGUACAGUGUGUGGUGAAAGUGUUGAUGAUGUUAUAAAGAGAAAAAUGCAAAAAACCAACAAAAAACUGGGGCUUUACUGAUCUUAAAAAGAAAUGAACAUUUAAUCUUUUGCAACAUUUUCAACAGUGAGGAUUUUAUGCAAGAAAACAAAUCUUACUGUAACAUUCCAUGUCAUCUUUAGCCAGCCAUCGGAGAAGGGAUGUAUGUGUCUGUGUAAAAUAAAUGGGACAAUUCUACAAACAGCUCUUGAGUGUGCUCGAUUAAAGUGCAUGUAAUGAAAAUGCAGCUUCCUAGAAGCCCAGAUAUACCACUUUGUACACAAAUGAUAUUUCUGAGUCAUCCUGGUUUGAGACCUUUGGCCUGUAAAUGGAUGGUGUUGAUGUCUAAAGGCCUUGUGUUGUCUUUGUAGCCCUCUAUCAAAGACUGUAUAUAAAAGAAGACAGUCACUGUAAUUUGUAAAGUCAGAUUUGGAAGUUUUUUGAAAUGAGACACGACAGGUGAGACGUGGAUUUGACUGAAACCAGUGAGGAGGUGGUGACCUGCCAGUUACAUCGACACUUCUUUGACUUGCAUCGGUGCUCUGUUUUACAGUGUUUUAAAUUGGAACAUAAUUUGCCUAAAUUGUGUGAAGCUAGCAAUGAAUAUCAUAGAAUAACAAGAUAAAAUCUGUACUCAUAACUCAUAAAUCAAGUUGAGCAAAUAUAAGAGAAGCAUUUGGGUUUCUUUUAAAUGUAGAGUUGCCUCCUGCUGGCUAUUAGAAAGAAUCCAUAAGCCACAGUUUUCAGACCUGUGACUAUAUCAAUCUUUUACAGUGGCUUGCAAAAGUAUUCGGCCCCCUUGAGCUUUUCCACAUUUUGUCACAUUACAGCCACAAACAUGAAUCAAUU